UUUUUCUCACCAGGGUGGGAGGGACUUCAUAAUGUAUUUCAAGUGGAAUGAACCUAAUGAGUACAUUACAGUGCAAAGCUGCUGAAAUCACUUUUCAGUGUGAAGCCACGCUGGUCUUUAUUUCAGGAACUAAAACCACUGCAGCCAUGGCUUCCUACAGCAGCCCUGCACGUCGGCUUCCCAAUGAGCCUAAAAUGGUUCUGUGUGAUUACUGCACUGAGGAACAGCUGAAGGCUCUAAAGUCUUGUCUGAACUGUGGAGCUUCUUUCUGUCACACUCAUCUGAUGCCUCAUAAAACUACAGCAAAACUCAAAAAUCACAAACUGAUUGACCCUGUGGAGACCCUAGAGGAUUACUUAUGCAAGAAACAUGAGAGACCCCUCGAGCUGUUCUGUAGAGAUGACCAGAUGUGUGUGUGUGAUUUCUGUACUAAGGGAGACCACAAAACUCACAACACUGUUCCUAUAGAGGAGGAAAUUAGAGUGAAGAAGAGCCAGCUUGGUGAGACACAGGCAGACAUUCAGAAGAUGAUCCAAACUCGACAGAAGAAGAUUCAAGAACUCAAAUCCUCUGUAGAACUCAGUAAAAAAAACACAGAGAAGGAGAAAGCAGACGUUGUGGAGAUCUUCAGUGCCCUGAUGCGCUGCAUUGAGAGAAGCCAGGCUGAGCUACUUAAGGUGAUGGAGGAGAAGCAGAAAACAGCAGAGAGGCAGGCUGAAGAGUUCAUUAAACAUCUGCAGUGUGAAAUCACUGAGCUGAAGAGGAGAAACACAGAGCUGGAGCAGCUCUCACAUACUGAGGAUCAUCUCCACCUCCUACAGAUUUACCCGUCACUGCGCAGCCCUCUACCCACCUGUAACUGGGCUGAUGUCAGAACUGACUCUUAUCUCAAUGUGGAUACUCUGAGGAGAGCUCUGUCUCAGCUUCAGAAAUCUCUCAAUGAGGAAAUGGAAAAGGUUCCUGAGAUUAAACUGAAGAGAAUUCGGCAACAUGCAGUGGAUGUGACUUUGGAUCCCGAUACAGCAAAUCCUGCGCUGAUCCUGUCUGAUGAUGGGAAACAAGUGAGACAUGGAGAUUUGAGACAAAAGCUUCCUGAUAAUGAGAAGCGAUUCGAUCAUUGUCCUUGCAUACUGGGAAAGGAAGGAUUUUCUUCAGGGAGGUUUUACUAUGAGGUGCAGAUCCGAGGGAAGACUAAGUGGGAUAUAGGAGUGGCCAGAGAGUGUGUUAGUAGGAAAGGGGAGAUUAAAUACAGCACUGAAAAUGGAUACUGGGUGUUAUGUCUGAGGAAUAAUACUGAAUAUAAGGCUUGUGACUCUCCUCCUGUUACCCUCUCCUUGAAACAGACUCCUCAGAAGGUGGGGGUGUUUGUGGAUUAUGAGGAGGGUCUGAUCUCCUUCUAUAAUGUUGACGCCAAGUCUCUUAUCUACGCUUUCACUGGUCAGACUUUUAAUGGAAAAAUUUAUCCAUUCUUCAGCCCUUCUCUUAAUAAUGGAGGUAAAAACUCAGCACCACUGAUCAUCACACCUGUUCAAACUGAAAUAAUUUUUCCAUAGAAACUCUAUGGUGUUAAGCUUACACCAAUGUAAUAUUAUAUUUUUAAAAAAUACUACUAAGAAGGAGUUUUUUUUUUUUUAAUUCUUGUAGCAAAUGGUGGUGUAGUCCCAUCAAAAGUAGUGUGUAUACAUGGCCCAUGGGACAGGACGGGCCAAAUACAAGUACUAAUCCAACCCAACAAAUGAAUUUUGAUUUUGUAGAAUUCAUCUUGUGGAGUGUAAUUGAACUGAAAGAUUAAAAUUGUGAAAAAAGAAAAAAGUCUCGGUUUUUCCAGUAGAGAGCAAAAUA